CUAAAACGAAGACCCUAUGGACUAAAACGAAGACCCCAUGGACUAAAACGAAGACUCCAUGGACUAAAACGAAGACCCCAUGGACUAAAACGAAGACCCUAUGGACUAAAACGAAGACCCCAUGGACUAAAACGAAGACCCCUUGGACUAAAACAAAGACCCCUUGGACUAAAACGAAGACCCCUUGGACUAAAACGAAGACCCCUUGGACUAAAACGAAGACCCUAUGGACUAAAACGAAGACCCCUUGGACUAAAACGAAGACCCCUUGGACUAAAACAAAGACCCCUUGGACUAAAACGAAGACCUCAUGGACUAAAACGACUGAUGCUAACCGCUGAGGGCAAUGCCCGCUCCCGUAAUUUGUUACGGCGAUUUGGGAAUGUUGUGGAAUUUCCUCUGCAGUAUUUAGUUGUGAUAGUCAAGUCUAUCACUUACCUUUCCUUCAGGUUUCUUUGCGGAAAAUAUUUUGCAUGUUUUAAACCUCUGUGGAAGUGUUUACGGUGAAGAUGAGGUCAGUUUUAUUUAAAUCAAAGCUUUUUGCAGAGUGAAGGCGUGAGAGCCCUUGUGGCCUAGUGGUAAAACCGUAAUGUUGGAUAAAGGUCCCAGGUUCGAGUCUCAUCGAACAAGCGUUCUUUUUCCUUGUCUUUUUCGUUCUUUUUUUUUUUAUUAUUAUUUUUUUAUCACAAUUAUCAUAAAAACAACUGUUUAAGCCGUAAGGAUUAGUCAUUUUUUAACAAUAGAGGACAGAAUAUCGUAACAGCGUAUGACAGGGAUAUAAAUAAAACAAAUAAAACUGGGCAUAAAGAUGAAUGAACCUCGCUUAAAUGAAACUCGAAAUGUUAACCUGUACUCGAGUAAUGUUCGAGAUCGAAGGCUUUUUUUCCCCUAUUGAUGAGGUAAAAAGUAAAAAAUAGAGCGCGAGGUUUUUCUGUCCUUGAAUUUGUCAACGAGAAAUUCCCUCCCUGUACUACGUGUUGUCACUGUUUUGUUUUUUUAUGCAUUGAUACAAUUCUAGGACAUUUUAGAAAGCCGGAGCACGCGGUUAUAUUUUCUUAACUCAUCACACCCGGGAUGACACCUAUAAAAUCAUCCGACGUUGAAUUUUGAACCAUAAAAUAUCAGAAAGGCAAUGGACCCCCUCCUCCCUCAAACCCCAACUACGCGCCCAAAACACGUUUGGCGGAAGUCUUCAAGACAAAUCCUGUCAUAAGCCUUUUUGAUUGUCAGGCCUCCCAUGAACACGCUGAUGACCUUUGAGCUUGUCACGCCAAUCCUCUUCACCGAGGGCGCAUUAUAACCACACGACACACUAGAGGGCUCUCUCGCCUUCACCCCGCAAAAAGCUUUGAUUUAAAUAAAACUGACCUCAUCUUCAUCGUAAACACUUCCAAAGAGGUUUAAAACAUGCAAAAUAUUUUCCGCAAAGAAACCUGAAGGAAAGGUAAGCCGGAUAGACUUGACUAUCACAACUAAAUACUGCAGAGGAAAUUCCACAACAUUCCCAAAUUGCCGUAACAAAUUACGGGAGUGGGCAUUGCCCUCAGCGGUUAGCAUCAGUCGUUUUAGUCCAUGAGGUCUUCCUUUUAGUCCAAGGGGUCUUCGUUUUAGUCCAUUGGGUCUUCGUUUUAGUCCAUUGGGCCUUCGUUUUAGUCCAUAGGGUCUUCGUUUUAGUCCAUAGGGUCUUCGUUUUAGUCCAUGGGGUCUUCGGUUUAGUCCAAGGGGUCUUAGGUCUUAGGUCUUCGUUUUUGGGUCUUCGUUUUAGUAACACCCACCUUGACGCUAACAAAUUUGUAUUGCCAAGUUUCUUUUCU